AUGGCGAGACACCUCAGAGAUAUCGGAACUACUCUCUUGGACCGCUUCCUGUUCCUCAUGUCGAAGGAAUCGACUGGCUUUGCGAUUGAUCGUCUCGAAAGUCAUAUUCAGAACUUGAAGACUUUGCUAGAUAUGGUCCAGUCCAGCUAUGAUGACGACUCGGAUACCUCCGAUUUCAAUUAUGACUCGUACUCUGAGAUCGCUGAGGACUUGAAGACCGACACUACUUGCCUCAUUAGAAUCAAUUCAGUCUUGAACUAUACGGCACGAUUAGCCCCCUCUUUCGGUACUUCCCCCAGAGGCCCGACGGCUUUGGGGGAGCUGUACCAAUCGUAUUGCGAUCGAAUCAGCAACCGAUUUCCAAAUGCCGUCGAAUGUUUAAUCUCCAGACUUGGAAAAGCCAACUAUGACCGGUGUCUUCGGCGUAUUCAAAGGAACAAUGAGGAUGACGAGGAGCCCAAAGAGACCGAGCGUGUGCAGAUGGCAAACACAGUUGUGGUGUCCGCCUUUCAUGACUCGGGCUUGGGCUCAUCAGUCCCAAGCAAAUCGUCGUACGCGGAAACGGUCAUGUCAUACGGAGCUGACGGCAAUCAGCAAAGUGUGCGCGUGCCUACUCUGAGUGAGGAAGCCAAGCAGGGACUGCCCUUUACCUGUGUUGCAUGCUCCAAGACUGUUACCAUCAAGAACAACUCCCUUUGGAAACGCCAUUUGUACGAGGACCUUUGCCCUUGGAUGUGUCUUGACCCUGAAUGUCCUUCUGGUGAUUCCGUAUUCAGCCAUCGCAACGACUGGCUCGCACAUCUCUCCUUCAAGCAUCAAAUGGCGCCUGCUUGGGCGUCCACUCAGUGUCCCUUGUGCUGCAGCGACAUAGAGUCCGGAAAGACAUCAAUAACUCGGCAUCUUGGUAACCAUCUCGAAGAAAUUGCCCUUGGAUCUUUGUCCACACAAACGGAAUUGGAUAACGACAAUGACGAGGAUUCACAAACUUCUAUAUCGCAUGAAGGCUCAACAGAAGAUUCAAUUGGAAAGUUGAAUCUCACGGAUCCGGGAGGCUCCUUACAAAUUGAAGAGCCCCCGCCCGUGACUUUGGAGAACCAAUCGGGUGAUGAUAUUUUCCAUGAUUCACAACCACCCUUGAAAUCUGACCGAGCUGAAAGCCACGGUCAGUCUCAGGAUACCGAGCAACUCAACGUGACCGACGAAGGUACUGCAUACAUGCACUAUGGUGGUGGUGGUGGGCCUUCUUCAGAUUCCGAAUCAGAAUAUGACUCAGAUGGUCCCCCUUCACCACCGCCGCCGCCCGAGGAAGAGACUUUCCACUGUUGUGAAUGUGAUGAGGAACGAACUUUUAGUACAAGUUACGACGGAGAAUGGGUAUGCAACUCAUGCGGGAAGGUGAAAUGCUCAAUGUGUGGGGAUUAA